UCUGGCGUGCAGAUACACCUGAACGAGGCAGCGUACGGCAGAGCAACGCUGACAUCCCAGCCACAUACACCAUGUCCGCCAUCCGCACUCUCGCAAACCCCGUCACCGCCUGCUUCUCCACCUCGCUCUCUCCCCGUGCCGCAUUCCACCGCUUUCUCCAUGCGCUCUCCGCCUCCAUCCGCCGCCUCGACCUCUCCCGCGACCCGAGCAAGACCUUGAACCGCCUCAAGCAGCACAGGUUCACCCUGGCCAACACGCUGCCCCGCGCGUUCAUGCUUCUAUGUGCAUCCUACAGUCUCUACAUCAUGACCACCCCGCCCUUCCCGCUCAAGCUUGGGAUACCCAUCGCGUACGUCGCCGCUGUCAUCUUGCCGAUCACGUCUCAGUUUGUCUGGCCUGCCACACCCAUCUUUGCAUGGCUCAUCACUUUCUUCUCCGCCCGUUUCAUCCCUUCCGGGCGCCGGCCAGAAAUCCACGUCGCCCUUCUUCCAGCUCUUGAAUCCGUCCUCUACGGCGCCAACAUUUCUGAUCUCCAGACAAGAUAUACCAACGCUUUCCUUGAUGUGGUCGCAUGGCUGCCCUACGGCGUGUUACAUUUCACUCUUCCAUUCGUCGUGGCUGUUAUCCUUUGGUCGCUGGGACCUAGGGGUGCGGUUCAGUUCUGGGGCUUGGCCUUUGGGUGGAUGAAUUUGCUCGGUGUAGUCUGUCAGCUCCUGUUCCCUGCUGCCGCGCCUUGGUACGAAAUCAUUCACGGUCUUACCCCCGCCGACUAUUCCAUGGCCGGCUCUCCCGGCGGUCUCAUGCGUAUCGACCGCGUCUUCCACUCUUCAGGCUAUACCAACGCAUUCGGUUCCGCUCCUCUUGUUUUUGGUGCCUUCCCCUCCCUCCAUUCCGGAUGUGCCGUCAUGGAAGCGCUCUUCCUUUCCCAUUUCUUCCCAUCUCUCAAGGGUCUGUAUUGGGGCUACGUCGGUGUCCUCUGGUGGGCGACCAUGUACCUCUCCCACCACUACCUCAUCGACCUCGUCGGUGGAGCUUGUCUGAGCGUCUUGGUGUUUUACUUGUGCAUGCCUGAAGGUUUCAAGGAUGUUGAUCAGAUUCAGUGGGAGGCGGUGGAAGGCGAUGGGUACGAGAUGAUUGGCGGGCCCAGGACGGGCACGGGUCCUGAUAUUGAUUUGGAUGAGGAGAUUAGAAAAUUGGAAGAGCAAGGCGAAGCGUUGUUCGAGCAGGCGAUAGGGGAUGAAGAGUCUCGGAUCGAGACAAAGGGAGAGGGAAACACUGGCGCGGGCGGGAAUGUGAGUGGGAACGAAAGUGGGGAUAGUGCAGAUAGCGGUAAGAAAAAGGGAAAGGGGAAGCAAACUGCCAAAAAGCCAAAGAUGAAGGAGCCAAGAUCAGUCAGCUGGGGAGAAACAAAGGUGAUGGGUGAAGGAGCACAGGUGGUUUCAGAAGAUAGCUCUUAGAGGUAUCUGUUUUAAAACAGUAGUAUACCCAACACUUUUUCUUGACCAUAUAUCCUACACUAUGAUCUUAAUAAUGCAGAAUAGAAAAAAACCUUGUCCUUCUCACAGGCGUCAACAGAUGAAGUGAAACCAG